AAAAACAAAGAAAGAGAAGGCAAAAAAGGGAAGAGGGGUAAAAAAACAAGGAAAACGCGAAAGAUGCAACCCCUUCGGUCGGGCCAGAGCGUCAUGGCGGGAAGAGGCGGUGCAGACGACGCGACGAUGGCCGGCUUCCAUGACAAAAAUUCUCGCGUCGUCGGCACGUGGAAGAUCAUUGAGUGUGUUUCACUAUCAGGGUCAUCAGAGGCAACGGGAAUAGAGGGAACAGAAUUUGUCUUAUCAGAAGCCGGGGAUGUCACGUGGACGGUCACAGAUGGCUGCGAUGCACUACCCCUCUUUUCCUGCCAGAUGUAUGAAGUUUACACAUACCAAAAUCUCCAGUGCUAUGGCAACAGGACGCUGCUGCGGUUUGCGGCGUACAAUGGGCACAUUAUUGAGUUUAGACUGGACCAACCGGUGAUGUCGAGAGACCUCAUGCUGUUGACAUAUGAUGGAUGGUUUAUGUUGCAGUGCGAAAAGCUGAGCACCCCAGACGUGGCUCCUGACCUUCCAUACUCUCUCCUCCCCGCGCUGUCUGACGGCUAUUUUUCUGACGUCACCAUCACUGCUAGAUCAGGAAGAAAGUUCGAAGUUCACAGCAUUGUCCUUGAGUGCAGCCUGCCAGGCAUGGACUGGCAAGAUCUCAGUGGGCUAGAGGAUGCGGUGCUAGAAACAGUCUUACACUAUCUGUAUUCUUGCUGUCUGCCAGCCAGCUUGACCACAGCCACUGCACAGAGGACCAUGGCUGCCACCCAACACAUGACAGGAUUAGAGGACCUGUGCAAGAAGUGUGAUAUCUUUGUCAAAAAUACCAAUUUGCGGAAUAGGUUGGUGUCUCUUAUGCAAGAGGUGCAGGAGUGCGUGGAGGUAAUGGUGCAACUCUUCAACCCAAGUGACCCAGCAGGCACCAGCCCCUCACACCUCAUCACCGUCCUCAAGGCGGCACUCAGACAGAUGGCCAUUGGCGUGGUUAAAAUUGUUGAGCUGAGCCAGGAGUUUGUUGGCUGGAGGCUGACCCAGGAGGAGCAGCACGAGUCAUGCGCUACACAAGCACAGCCCCCUCUCCUGGCCACAGUGGUCCGUCUCCUGACCAAUGUCCGCGCCUCUCUCACCGCCCUCAACCACCACACGAGGCAGCAGCUUGCACAGCAGUUAGUUCCUGAGAUCCACAUAGUCCUGCAGACAGUGUGUGUGGAUGUGGAGUCACUCAGGACCAGCCUCGAACACAUCAUCCAGGCUUCAUCUACAUCGUUAGAGUCGGCACAUUCCCCAACACACCUCCUGGCAAAAUCAUUAAGAAAUGACCUACACCUGCGUGAGUUGCAGAAGUUACGUAUCCUGCAGGAGAAUCUCACCUCCUUCCUCAACUCUCUGUUCCACAAGAGGGAGCAGUUCCGCGAGAUGUAUGGUGGGGCCAGCGUACGGGGGGUCGCAAGAAUCAUCGAGCAUUUCACUGAGGAACUGCCUAUGCUCAUCCUUAGAUUUGAAGAAGCUGCUGCUGCCCUUGAGGACAUGCUCGAGUGGUCUGAGUUCAAGUUCGUCUUCAAGGGAGCGACGUCUAAGCUGGGAAGUAUUGUGGAGCGCCUGGUGGAACACCGCGGAGUGGUGGAGCCUCUGGUGUUGGAGCUGGUAGAGCGAGUGGGGCACCGGGCCUUCACAACCUCUCUCCAGCACUUGGGUCUCCUGGCACCCUCACAGCACCCCUCCUCUGGGGACUCCAUCUCCCCUGAGGACCACAAGUCACAGGGACUCAAGCAGGAGUUCUGGAGAGAAUUUGGCCCAGCCUCAUCAGGAGAGACCAGCUCACCAGGAGAUUCGGACGGAGCGGGGGACUCUGGGUCCCAAGGCGAUUCCACCUCACCAGACAACCUGAGUGGUGGCAGGAGGCGUCAAGGUGUUUCCCCAAUAGGAGAUUCAGAGGCAGAGCAGCAACAGCAGCAGUCUCAGUCUACUUGCACCCUGAGCUUGGUAGGCCGAGUAUGCGAGCCUCCUCCCUCACGCAGCAACCCCUUAGCAAUCAACAUAGCUCGCCUGCUAAGCUCUCCACAACUCAGCGAUAUGACUUUUGUUGUAGUGCCUCCAGCAGAAGAUGAGGCAUCGCUGUCAUCAAGCCAGGAGGAACUGGAUACCCUGGAGGGAGGUGAGGCAGGCAAAGAGCUACCUGCCAAGGAGCCAAGCCCUGAGGUCUCUGAGGCACAGCUGGGUGCUAUCACCCCUCCACUCCUGAAGGUUUCAUCAACUGUGGUGCGCAAGGUCAAGAAAUCCCUUAGCCUCGACCGUCCGUCCGUCCGAGCUGUUGUGCCCUCUCAAGCAUAUAGCCUUGACUGUGAUGCUGUCUCCUGCUCUGACAGCUACUUUGUGACCAAUAAUUCCAUAAUCAGUAAGGACCUUGCCCAGCACCGUUCCAUGGGCAGCAAGCACUCCCUUGGCAGCCCCAGGGAACCUGGUGGCAGCGAGAGGAGUGCAGACGAGGCUGGGUGCAAGUGUGGUGAGUGUGAGUGCAAGUGUGAGCAGGCUGUGAGUGAUGUGUGUAAAGAAAAGAGCUCUAGUUUUGAUGACAAAAAGAGUAUUUUGGGGACUUUAGUGGGUGCAGAUAGUCAUAAGAAAGAAGUUGAUUUGGAUCUCACCUAUAGAUUAAGGCACUCAGUGACUAUGGCCAAAGAGAGGAACCUGGAGGAAAAGGGUGCCCUAGGGGAAUGCAAGGGCCUGGAGUCAAGACAUUUAAGAGCUGAGGGUCAAGGAGGAGCAAAGAGCAGAGAACAGGAAAGAUUAGAUGCCAGACUACAGACUGAGGUAAGCAGUGACACUGACAAAUCAAAAGUCUCUAAAAGUGAGAUGAA